GGUAGACUUCAGUUCUCCUGAAGAGUGAGUCCUCAAAAUCUUUCACAUCUCUGAUCUUUUAUUCCGUCCUCACUUGCUGAACGGAUCGAUGCCUUUCUCUUCAGCUGUUAAGUGGGGUUGGAUGAUAAAGGACAUCCUGAUAUCUUUUGUCAAGCUUGCUUGAGAAUCUGAGGUUUUGCUUGCAUAGCUUUCUGGAUGGAUUUAUCAAGUAACUAUAACUGGACCGUUGCUAUAGCAGGAGUUUUUGCAGGAGUCCAGGUCUGCACGGUGAAAACAAACAAGAGAGAGGCCACUUUUUAAGUGAAGGGAUUGCCCAGGGCCACAGCACCCAGGAUCUGAAGGAGAGCAGCAGUUAUUUGGGCCGCACUAAAAUUCAGGAUGGAGAAGGAAGACAUGAAAAUUAUCAACGUGGGCUUGGAGGAUGAGAUGGAGCUGCAUGGAUAUCGGCUGUGCCGAUGGAAGUUGGCUCUGGUGGGUUUCGGUGGUCUCUGCACGGGAGGUUUUCUUUUUCUUCUGCUCUAUUGGAUGCCUGAAUGGUGUGUGAAGGCCACCUGCUCACGCACCACUGUCAGGGAGGCAGACGUCGCCCUCUUACAAAGCACUGAUGAGUUUAAGCGCUGGUUCCGAGCGAAGGUUCGGAUAAUGUUGGCCCCCGGGAAGAACCCUUAUGACAACAUGGCCUCUCAGACCAUCUCCCCCCAGGCCAACGAUGGCAAUCACGCCCACAGUCAAUCUGACUCCGCCGCUGAGAAAAUCACCAGGAUUGCAGAGAACCAGCAUGUGCAGAUACGUUAUUUUACCCUCCACAGCACUAAAUACUUUUGGAACGAUGGCAUCCAGAACUUUGAAGUAUUGAAGGGACUAGAAGAUCUGGAUAUGACCUGCUCAUCCGUUCACUCACAGCACAGCGGCGGGCAAAGCAAAGACCAGCAGGAGUACAGGAGAUUUUUCUUCGGAGCGAAUGAAAUAGAUGUGAAAGUGCCUUCUCUUUUCAAGCUGCUAGUUAAGGAGGUCCUCAAUCCUUUCUACAUCUUCCAGCUCUUCAGCGUUAUCCUGUGGUGUACGGAUGAAUAUUAUUACUACGCAAUGGCCAUAGUCGUCAUGUCGUUUAUAUCAAUAGCUACCUCUCUCUACACUAUUAAGAAGCAAUAUGUAAUGCUACACGACAUGGUGGCGACACACAGCACUGUUCGAGUUACCAUCUGCAGGGGCGACAACGAAACCGAGGAAGCCCUGUCCACGGAUCUGGUCCCUGGUGAUGUCAUUGUUAUCCCCAGCAACGGGACCAUCAUGCCCUGUGACGCAGUGCUCAUCUGUGGAACGUGCAUAGUCAAUGAGAGCAUGCUGACAGGUGAGAGUGUUCCGGUCACGAAGACGGACCUUCCGAACCCUCAGGUGGACAAGAGGAGCGGAGAGGGAGAUGUCAUCUACAGCACAGAGAGUCAGAAGAGGCACACGCUAUUCUGUGGCACAAAUGUCAUUCAGACCCGCUACUACACAGGAGAGAUGGUCAAAGCCGUGGUGGUCAGAACCGGUUUCAGCACUGCUAAAGGGCAGCUCAUUCGUUCGAUCCUGUACCCCAAACCCACUGACUUUAAGCUGUACAGAGAUGCCUACAUGUUCUUGCUUUGCCUGGUGGGCGUGGCCAGCAUUGUCUUUCUCUAUUCAUUGGUCAUGAAAGUCCUCAACCAGGAACCGGUGAAGCAAAUCAUUGUGAAGUCCCUGGACAUCAUUACCAUCACAGUGCCUCCUGCCCUCCCGGCAGCCAUGACAGCUGGUAUUGUCUACGCCCAACGCCGCCUCAGGAAAGUGGGGAUAUUCUCCAUCAGUCCACAGAGAAUCAACAUCUGUGGCCAGCUCAACCUGGUGUGCUUCGACAAGACAGGAACUCUUACAGAAGACGGUUUGGACAUGUGGGGAAUUCAACGAGUUGAAGACGGCAGAUUCCACCUUUCAGAAGAAAAAGCUGAUGAAAAAAGCUUAUUGACGACAAAGUUUGUAUCCUGCAUGGCCACCUGUCACUCCCUCACAAAGAUCGAGGGUCAGCUCUCUGGAGAUCCACUCGACCUCAAGAUGUUCGAGGCCACAGGCUGGAUCCUCGUUGAAGCCACAGAAGAAGAGACGGCUCAACACGAUCGCAUUGAACUCACCUAUGUCAAACCGCCCAAUCAGCUUCUUCCUCCACCGGUCAUAUCACCUGAACAGGACAUGGAGCUGUCCGAACUGUAUGAGCUCUCGGCGUCGUACAUGAUCGGUAUUGUGCGCCAGUUCUCCUUCUCCUCCGCCCUGCAGAGAAUGAGCGUGGUAGUCCGUCAGAUUGGAGAAAGGCGUAUGGAUGCUUACAUGAAAGGAGCGCCGGAGGUCGUGGCGAGCCUGUGCAAAAAAGAGACAUUACCUGAGGAUUUUGCUGAGGUUCUGGAGGACUACACCAAACAAGGUUUUAGGGUCAUCGCCCUAGCACACAGACGUCUAGAGGCCAAACUCACAUUUCACAAAGUGCAGAACGUCAACAGGGAUCAAAUAGAAAAGAAUAUGGAUUUCCUGGGCUUGAUCAUCAUGCAAAACAAGCUGAAAACUGAGACUCCUGGGGUGCUGGAGGAUCUGCGGCGUGCAAACAUACGCACAGUUAUGGUCACAGGUGACAACAUGCUGACGGCCAUUUCUGUGGCACGAGACUGUGGCAUGAUUCAGCCACAAGACCGAGUCAUUAUUGCCGAGGCUCUGCCUCCUAAAGAUGGACAGGCUGCCAAGAUCACCUGGCAUUAUGCCGAUAAACCCAGCAAACACUCUAAUAAACCAACGAAACUAGAGGAGAUGGAGAUCAUAAUGGAAGACGGACACUGUGUGGAUGAGCGGAGACCUCAGGAACAUUAUCACUUUGCCAUGGGUGGAAAAUCUUUCGCUGUCAUUACCGAGCAUUUCCAAGACCUGAUGCAGAAGCUGGUACUUCAUGGAACAGUAUUUGCGAGGAUGGCACCGGACCAGAAGACUCAGCUUGUUGAGACGUUAGAGAGUGUAGACUAUUUUGUUGGAAUGUGUGGUGAUGGAGCAAAUGAUUGUGGGGCACUGAAGAGGGCUCAUGCCGGGAUCUCCCUGUCAGAAUUGGAGGCGUCAGUGGCCUCUCCGUUCACUUCCACAACUCCCAGCAUCACAUGCGUCCCUAAUCUUAUCAGGGAGGGCCGAGCGGCUCUCAUCACCUCAUUCUGUGUGUUUAAGUUUAUGGCUCUCUACAGUAUUAUUCAAUGCCUCAGUGUCGCCCUGCUGUACUCCAUACGCAGUAACCUUGGAGAUUUCCAGUUCCUGUUUAUUGACAUAGCCAUCAUCCUUCUAAUUGUCUUCACUAUGAGUCUGAACCCCGCGUGGAAGGAGCUGGUCGCCCGCCGGCCGCCCUCCGGUCUCGUCUCAGGUCCUCUUCUCUUCUCAGUUCUGACCCAGAUUCUGAUCUGCCUGGGUUUCCAGGUUGUGGCCUUCCUCUUGAUCCAAAAUAUGGACUGGUACUUGAAGUCAGACAUCUACAACUGCUCUGCACCCAGUCACACGGAGAUCUCCAAAAACACCACCAAUAAUGAAAAGAAUAUCAAGAGUGAUGUGAACACCACACUGUUCUUCGUCUCAUCGUUUCAGUACCUCAUCGUUGCCAUCGUUUUCUCCAAAGGAAAACCUUUCCGCCAGCCCAGCUAUAAGAACUGGCCGUUCGUCCUCUCGUGUUUACUACUCGUCUUUUUCUUAUUUUUCAUCAUGUUCUUCCCCGUUUCUGGCAUUUAUCAAUUUUUGGAACUGGUGUGUGUUCCUUUGAGCUGGCGCUUGACUAUUUUGUUUAUUGUGCUGGGUAACGCUUUAGUGUCCUUCUUUACUGAGACCGUCGUGCUCGACGUCAUCUUAUGGAAGCAUGUGUUCAGCAGAGACAAGCAGGGAAGUUAUGACGUCUCCCCUGCAGCCCUGACACCACAGGAAGGAAUAGACAUGUAUGGCCACAGAUGCCUCUCCUGGUUGUGUUGCCGUCAGAGAAAAGUGCCCAAGGCCCGGUACAUGCACCUGGCCCAGGAGCUGAGCGUGGAUCCUGACUGGCCGCCCAAACCCAAGAGCACUACAGAAGCGAAAGCCUCUUCACCGUCGGACAACUGCACCUAUCAGAUCGAGGCCGUUUCCUAGCAAUUACACACGCUCUCCGUCCCGCACGUCCAAACCGCCAGGGAUUUCUUAAUGCAAAUGACGUUUAACUUCGUUUUGUCACGAGAGACAGAUAAAGACACCAAAUACAGAAACCCACAAGGGAGAGUUAUCUCCUUUCUUAGAUUUUUUUUCUGUUUCAGCUGCUCAAGAGUUUUUUUCUGAAAGUAUGGGCGGAGUUCACAGGCUGGGAACUGUGGUUGCUCCGCCCCACAAGCGUGAGGUCUGUUGUCACGUUGCCAUUAUAACCUUAUGACCGUAAACAGUGAUUAAACUCAUCAUUAAUUCAUCACUUUUGAACAGCCCCUGCCGGAUCUCAUGCAAUCGCAUACGAUAUCUGAACACUUCUGACCAUGAACUGGAGCUUCCGUACUGUAAUUUAUGCAUUAUGACGUUGUCAGCGCAGUCGCCUCCACAAGCUCUACGGCGGGGCCAGCAUGCCAACUCCUUGAACACCAUCGCAUCAAGCUGCAUAUUGAACAAACCAAACUGUAUCGCUUCACGGAAUCAAAUCCAUCCAGCCUGUUCAUAUUACAAAUAUAUCAACGGAGAUCUUUAAUUUGACGUCAUUUCUUUUCAUAUCUCUUCCCAUGGAAGAAUCGAGGCGGCAUUCACCUGCGGUAGGCCAUGGUUUGUGUAUAGUUCACAUCUCUCGGCACUGUUUGUGGUGAUGGGUUUUGAUUUGGCCAACCAAAUCAAUUUUUGCGGUUGUUUUCGACUCGCAGUCAACGUUACAGUGGCGCGGGAAUGACAGAAUUGAUAACGUACAGGAAGAAAUAGGGGCCUCAGGUGAAAUGCUUUCUGGGGGAAAAAAAUGGUAACACUUUACAUCAGUGCUCAUGUCACAUUGUGUUUAUGAUCGGAAACGCCAGUGCAAAUGAUCUGCCCGUGCUAAAUGUUAUAUUUUUGAUGCAGCUUGCGAUUCGGGUUGUCUAUUGAAGUUUUAGUAAUAAUGUGUAAUAUGGAAAUUGUCAUGUAAAUUGUCUCGAAAAUGUACACUCGGAGGGCAAGAUGCACGCAUGCAUGCUUAUUCACCCAGGGUCAUAUAUUAGAUGAUAUCGCAGUUGUGUAUCUGAGAUCUUUGCACAUGCAGUUUAAAUGUUGCAAACACAACAGCAGGUCACCAAUUAAAUCUCCCUGAAUUAGCCAGUCAACAGUAUUACUUCAACACAUGUGCUUAUAACAUUUUUGCCGCUCGUAUUGGAAUAAAAAACAUUUGAACCUUCAGAAUCCUUUGCAGGUAAUCCCUCUUACUUUUCAGAUUGGGUUCAUUUGCAUAAUUUAUGCAGCUCGAGAUUCAGGAUUGUGCAGUAGAGGAAAUGCAUCGGCGUUAUCAUUUUUGUUUAUUUCGGUUUAUAAAAUACAAAUUUACACGUAUUGUUCCUGAAAUGAACCACUAAGCAAUAUCAGGUGAUCACCUUAGCUCUCUUUACAUCUUGUUUGUGUUGUAACUCAUGCGAGUUGAUGAUUUGUGACGGGGAGGGGUCGGUUACCCAUUUAAGAGUGUGGUUGCAUAUCAGGAAAGAUAAAUAGUAUUUUUAUGCCAUAUGCGAAUAUCAAAUUGUAUUUAUUUCUAUAUUAUUGUAAAUAUAGAUAUCAUUGAAAGGAAAGAAACACGGAAACAUGUUCUACUUUUAAAGUUUUGCCUCAAACGUUUUUGUUGAAAGCCAUUGCAUGUCAACAGAAUCCUGUUCCACAACAGAAAGCCACAAGAAUCUAACAAUCUGAUUACAUGGAAGUUUCCUACAUUGUUUAUUUAUUUAUAAUUAGAGUUUUUCGUUGCUUUAUGGGCAUUUGUUUAAAUUUCGGUUUAAUCUGAAAAAGGGCUCAAUCUGUCUGUUUUUGCUCAAUUUCUGCAAUAUUUUGGUACUGUUGAAUAUUUGAAGCGGUAUUGAUAAUACGUCAUGUUUGCAAUGUGUUUCUUUCAACCAUGUUUGUCCAAAUUUGAUCUGUUUGUUUUAUAUUCUGAACACAAGUGUUCUGGGCAUUUGAUGAAAGAGGUAACAACAAAUCACCGUGCUGGUAUUGCAUUGAUCUGGGGGACACGUUAAUUACGGCAACUGAUAUCUUUGUUUUAUAAAUGACCACCUUUAAACAUCUACUACCGGGACAGACAAAAACAGCGAUCAUGUUCAACUCUGUAUGUCCUUAACAAAUGUGAAUGCAAUUCUAAAAGCUUUUGGGAUUGGGGAAUGUUAAAUUCAUUUUAUUUUUAUUGCUGUAGUUCUUUUUUAUUUUAUUAGUUUUUUUUGUGUGUUGUGGCUAGCAGUUUCUCCUCCUCACCUGUAGGAGGCAGUAGGUUGCUGCUUGGGACUUCGGCUUGAUUGUCAUUAUUACAUUUUCUACCACAGUAAAAUCGAUUGCACGUUUUCAAAUGCCUGCGCACAAAAACAUAGACAUUUGAAAUAUCCAACACUUGAAUAAACUGUUGAAAUUCCACAGCAAUUGAAAAUUUGAGAAAAAUUAAGGAUUUUCCAAAAAUGGGGGCCAUGUUCAUGUCAUAUCUGUGAUCCUCUGGGAAACAAACACAUACUGGAAAAUGUGUUUGAUAAUUGGAGGUCACGUAACGUUCUUUGCUUAUUAUUUUCGUACAGUAUGUCGUAUUCAUUUUCCGUGAAUAUAACACAUUUUAGGUGUUUUCAAACAUGAUCGAAGCAAAAGUUCAGCCACUGGUUGUUUUACCGCUGGAGUGGUUUAAUUUCCUCAGGGAAAUGUGUCUCUGUAAUGAUUAGUGAUAAAUAAAUGAAUAUAGAAAAAUCAUGUGGGUCAGUAUUCUUGGUGAUUUUCAAGUUUAUGUGCAGCAGAGAUGUUCUAACAGAGUCAAUAUUCAAAAUCAUUUGUAGAAGUAUCUAAAUUUGUGAUCAUUGCUUUUUUAUGUGUAAUUUAUUUUUUAUUUAUUUUUUGUUGCUUUUAAGAAAUGUUGUACAUUUUCGGUUGAUUUUUUUUUCUUCUGCUCCGUAAUAAAUGGCACAAACAAAAGAUGAA